GGAUGAGACAGGCAGCGAUACAGGACCAGUUGGAGAUUUCAUCACUGAUCACGACAGAAUCCCUGUGCAUCACGUCAUGGGAGAUGGAUGAAGUGGGCUGUGGGUUCAACAUCUGCCAAAACCUCCCAGAUCAUCCCCCGAGGAACCUCACCCUGGAGUCACUCUGUGACCUGUUGAUGUGACGUCACUUCAGAGGGCAUCUCAAUGCCACAGAACAAACAGACUGGGGAAGGUGUGAAGGUGAGUGCAUGCGUGCAGCAUGACCGUGAGGAGCUCCAUUUCUACCCACAAAGAAACAUUAUGGAAGCAACGCCGUAACUUCAUAAGAAGGUUUGAAAUGGCAGAACACUUGUGUACAGGAAUCUCAAACACAACAAUACAUCAGUUUUGUUGUCUUUGUCUGGAUAUUUAAGGAGCGGCCGAAUAUUUUCUUUGCAACACCAACACAUCUGCUGUCGACCCUUGGAGAUGAAGAAGUAUCUCAUCCCAGCUGGAAAUGUAUUUGUGUUUGAAAUGAAUUUUUCUGUUGUAACUCAGUGAAAUCCACUGGAACCAGGAGCUGAGAACACACCAGCAUUAAUUCACUCGAGAUCAGUUCUUAAACUGCAUUGAUUGUAUAAGGGAUUGAAACAUCUGUCUUUCUGAAUUGCCAGAGAAUUGAUCGUAGUGAGAUAUCAUUCUCCUUCUCUCAGUGUGGGAAGGGAUUCACUCACAGGCUACCCACAGACACACCAGUGAGUUCACCGUGGGGGGAGGCCAUUCACCCGCUCUGUGUGAGGGAGGGGAACCACUCAGUCAUCCAGUCUGAAGAUACAUCAGCAAGUUCACAGCAUAGUGAGGUGCUCCACCUGUUCUGACUGCGGGAAGCCAUUCAUUAUGUCGUCGAUGCUAAAGGUAAAUCUGAAAAUUCACCAGUGAGAGAACGGUAACCUGCUGAGAUGGUGGGAAGGCAUUCACACACUCAACCACACCACAGUGACACCAGCGAGUUCACACCGGGGAGAAGCCAUUCACCUGCUUUGAAUGUGGGAAAGGAUUCACUUAAUCAUCUCAACUGAAUGAACACCAGCGAGUCCACACUGGGGAGAUGCCAUUCACCUGCUCAGACUGUGGGAAGGGAUUCACUCGCUCAUCCAAACUACAGAGACACCAGCGAGUUCACACUGGGGAGAGGCCAUUCACCUGUUCACACUGUGGGAAAGGAUUCAUUCAGCGUUCUCAGCUACUGAUACACCAGCGAGUUCACACUGGGGAGAGGCCAUUCAAAUGCUCAGACUGUGGGAAGGGAUUCAGUCAGUCAUGCACACUCCAGAGACACCGGCGAGUUCACUCUGGGGAGAGGCCAUUCACAUGCUCAGACUGCGGAAAGGGAUUCACUCUGUCAAAUCAACUACUGACUCACCAGCUUGUUCACACUGGGGUGUGGCCAUUCCAGUGCUCUGAAUGUGGGAAGGGAUUCGCUCAGUCAGCUCAACUGAAAGAACAUCAGUUCGUUCACACUGGGGAGAAGCCGUUCACUUGCUCAGACUGUGGGAAGGGAUUCACUCACUCGUCCACACUACAGAGACACCAGCGAGUUCACGCUGGGGAGAGGCCAUUCACAUGCUCUGAAUGUGGGAAAGGAUUCGCGGGGUCAUCUCAACUGAAGCAACAUCAGCGAGUUCACACUGGGGAGAGGCCAUUCACCUGCUCAGACUGUGGGAAGGAAUUCACUCGGUCAAGUCACCUACUGACUCACCAGUUUGUUCACACUGGGGAGUGGCCAUUCCGCUGCUCUGAAUGUGGGAAGGGAUUCACUCGCCCAUCCACACUACAGAGACACCAGCGAGUUCACACUGGGGAGAGGCCAUUCACCUGCUCAGACUGUGGGAAGGGAUUCGUUCAGCAUUCUCACCUGCAGACACACAAGUUAGUUCACACUGGGGAGAGGCCUUUCACAUGCCCUGAAUGUGGGAAGAGAUUCAUUCAGCGUUCUCACCUACUGACACACAAGUUAGUUCACACUGGGCCGCUGCCAUGCACAUGCUCAGACUGUGGGAAGGGAUUCACCCAUUCAGCUCAACUGAGGGAGCAUCAGCGAAUUCAUACUGGGGAGAAGCUGUUCACUUGCUCUGAAUGUGGGAAGGUAUUUGCUCGGUCAUCUCAACUGAAGUUACAUCAGCGAAUUCACACUGCAGAGAGGCUGUUCAGCUGCUCUGAAUGUGGGAAAGGAUUCACUCAUUCAUCUCAGCUCUUAAGACACCAGCAAAUUCACACUGGAGUGAAACCAUUCAUCUGCUCAGAAUGCGGGAAAGGAUUCACCUAUUCAACUCAGCUGAAAGAACAUCAGUUUGUUCACACUGCGGAGAGGCCGUUCACCUGCUCAGACUGUGGGAAAGGAUUCAUUCGGCGUUCUCGACUACUGACACACCAGUUGGUUCACACCGGGGAGAAACCAUUCAUCUGCUCAGAAUGUGGGAAGGGAUUCACCCAUUCAGCUCAACUGAAGGAACAUCAGCGACUUCACACUGGGGAAUGGCCAUUCACCUGCUCUGAAUGUGGGAAGGGAUUCACUCGGUCAUCUCGACUGAAGGUGCAUCAGCGAGUUCACACUGGGGAGAGGCCGUUCAUCUGCUCUGAAUGUGGUAAGGGAUUCACUGGGUCAUUUCAUCUGCAGGUACAUCAGCAACUUCAUACUGGGGAAAGGCCAUUCGUAUGCUCUGAUUGUGGGAAGGGCUUCACUCAGUCAUUUCAACUGAAGAUACAUCAGCGAGUUCACACUGGGGAGCUGCCAUUCACAUGCUCUGAAUGUGGGAAGGGAUUCACUCAGUCAACCAGACUUGUGAGGCACUACCGAAUUCACACUGGGGAGAAACUGUUCACCUGCUCAGAUUGUGGGAAGGAAUUCACUCAGUCAUCUGACUUUAAAGAACAUCAGAGAAUUCACACUGGGGGAUGCCACUCACCUGUUCUGAGUGUGGGAAAGGAUUCACUCAGACAUCUCAGUUAAGACUAUAAGAUAUUGGAGCAGAAGUAGGCCGUUUGGCCUUUCGAGUCUGCUCUGCCAUUCAGUCAUGGGCUGAUCCAAUUCUUCCAGUCAUCCCCACUCCCUUGCCUUCUCCCCAUUUGAUGCCCUGGCUAAUCAGGAACCCAUCUCUCUCUGCCUUAAAUGCACCCAAUGACGUGGCCUCCACAGUUGACUGUGGCAAAAAUGUCCAAAGAUUUACCACACUCUAAAGUAAUUUCUCCACAUCUCUGUUCUAAAUGGACAUCCUUCCAUCAAGAUGUGGCCUCUUGUCCAAGACUCCCUUACCAUGGGAAAUAACUUUGCCAUAUCGAAUCUGUUCAGGCCUUUUAACAUUCAGAAUGUUUCAGUGAGAUGCCCCUCAUUCUCCUGAACUCCAGGGAAUACAGCCCAAGAGCUGCCAGACAUUCCUCAAACAGUAACCUUUUCAUUCCUGGAAUAAUUCUUGUGAAUCUUCCCUGAGGCCUCUCCAAUGUCAAUAUAUUUUCUAAAAUAAAGAGCCUAAAACACACAAUAUUCCAAGUGUGGUCUCACGAGUGCCUUAUAGAGCCUCAGCAUCACAUUCCUGUUCUUAUAUUCUAUACCUCUGGAAGUGAAUGCCAACAUUGCAUUUGUCUUCUUCACCACCAACUCAACCUGGAAGAUAACCUUUAGGGUAUCGUGCACAAGGACUCCCAAUUUCCUUUGUAUCUCUGCAUUUUGAAUUCUCUCCCAAUUUAAAUAAUCGUCUGCCCGUUUAUUUCUUCCUCCAAAGUGCAUGACCAUACACUUUACAACAUUGUAUUUUAUUGGCUACUUCUGUACCUAUUCCCCGAAACUAUCUCAGUCUCUCUGCAGGCUCUCUGUUUCCUCAGCACUACCCGCUCCUCCACCUAUCUUUGUAUCAUCAGCAGGUUUCACCACAAAUCCAUUAAUCUCAUAGUCCAAAUCAUUGACGUACAUCGUAAAAAGCAGUGGUCCAAACACCGACCACUGGAACUCCAGUGGUAACCAGCAGCCAGACAGAAUAGGAUCCCAUUGUUCCCACUCUCUGUUUUCUGUUGAUCGGCCAAUGCUUCACCCAUGCCAGUAACUUCCCUGUACCAUGGGCUCUUAUCAUGCUAAGCAGCCUCAUGUGCAGCACAUUGUCAAAGGCCCAAUGAAAAUCCAAGUACACCACAUUGACUGCAUCUCCUUUGUCUACCCUGCUUGUAAUUUCUUCUAAGAAUUGCAGUAGGUUUGUCAGGCAGGAUUUUACUUUUAGGAAACCAUGCUGGCUUUGGCCUAUCUUGUCAUGUGCCUCCCAGUACGCCAUAAUCGCAUCCCUAACAAUCGAUUCCAACAACUUCCCAACCACUGAUGUCAGGUUAACAGCUCUAUAGUUUCCCUUCUGCUGCCUCCCACCGUUCUCAAAUAGUGGAGUAACAUUUGCAAUUUUCCAGUCAUCCGGUACAAUGUCAGAAUCUAUCAAUUCUUGAAAGAUCGUUGGUAGAUUGCCUUCACAAUCUCUCCAGCUAUUUCCUUCAGGACCUGAGAGUGCAUUCCAUCAGGUCCAGGAGAUUUAUCCACCCUCAGACCGUUAAGCUUCCUGAGCACCUUCUCAAGUCGUAAUUUUCACUACACAUACUUCACUUCCCUGAUACUUUUGAAUGUCCAAUAUACUGCAGAUGUCUUCCACUGUCAAUACUGAUGCAAAAUACGUAUUCAGUUCCUCUGCCAUCUCUGUGUCUCCCAUUACAAUAUCUCUUGUGUCAUUUUCUAUUGGUAGUAUAUCUAUCCUGAACUCUCUUUUACCUUUUAUAUAACUUAGAAAAAUGUUUUUAGUAUCUUCUUUGAUAUUAGUCGCCUGCUUCCUUUCAUAAUUCAUCUUGUCCUUCCUAAUGACCUUCUGUAUCCAGAGAGCAGUGCCUGUCACGGCUCAGCACUGCCCUCUACCUGGUCGGAAGGCACAGCACAUGCCAGUCAACAUUUCACCCCUCCCAACCAAUCAAUGCACACGUAACCAUUGGCCACCUUAAUUGGAUUACCCCACCUAGCACCAAGCCUUUGGCCCCCCCCGGUGAAUCACUUGUGCUGGACCUUCCAGCCCCCUGACCUACAAAGGGUGCUACAUGUGCUUGGCUCGCUCUCUUUUUUGCCAUCCUCGAGGGACCUCCCUGCUUCACUCUAGGCUGAAGACUGUAGAACAGCGCUGGAAACACGUGGUGAGCUGUGCAUUGAAUAGUGUUUGGGAGCGUUUAUUGUUGUACCUGUAGCAGAGAGCCAUGCCUGCCCAUAGUUAAGGGGUGGCAGGUAGAGUAGAUACUUUUCCCUUGCUUGUAUAUGUACCUGUACCCUGUAAUCCUUGCCUUUGAGACCCAAAGAAUCUGUCUCAUUUGCGUCACAACAUUUGGCACUGUGAGCAGGGUGUCAGGGUGCGAAUCUUUAGUGGGUCCGGCUGCCAGCCAGACCGACGGGCUGCCCGCGACUGCUGCAGUUAUAUGAGCCUGCAGGCGACCUCAGUUCCCCUGAGCUGGAGCCCCUUGGCUGGGGUCGGGGCAGCUUGUGCUGCCUCCUGCAACGUGCAGCAGUGCUACCCGGAGCUCUUCUAGCUCCUUGUCCUUCUGACCACAUAAGUGCUGAAUGUGGUCGGUAAUCCUGACCUGGCGUCUCAGCAGGAACGCAAACAACCAAAAGGCACCCCUUUGACUCCCUUUAGCUUUGGGGAACCCUGAUUCCUUAAGGAGGGAGACCACGUGGUGGCCAGGCUUCUCGCCAUGGGGGUCUAACUGCUCAGACCAGUCCGCUGUUUUCCCGUGGUUUGCCAGCAUGCUGGCCAGACUCUCAAAUCCCUCCCUUUGACUAGUCCACCCGGGGAUCUUAUUCUGGGUGCCUGCACUGGCAUUCUUCCCCUUGUUCCAGAACAUUCUCCCCGGUGCUCUGUGUCCAGCCAAGACCUAUGAGACCCUGUUGGGUGUCCCCAGUGUCCCGCCAUCUGGCACGCUCCCCACCUCCCGACUGGGAAACCACCAAACCUCCCGAGACCGAGGACUCGAGUGGAGUAUGGAUAAGACAGCCACAGGGUCCCCCCAAGAAGGGAAAAAUUGUACAGGGGACACCCGCUGGGUCGCCAUUCAGGGUAACUCCAAUUUGACCUGUAUACAUACCCGGCAUACAGCGGCCGCCGGGACAAGAGGGCCAUUACAGAGGCGGAGAAGCUCUGGAUGAUAGGCUUUCUCAGUUAUGGAUUGUCCCGGGAGGUGAUCCAGAUGACCAGUGUGCUGGAGAAUGGCCAACGAGACGGCAGUGGCAGUGCAACACACUGAGGAUGCUCUCACCCGAACGGCGGCAGAACUGACAGCUGUCAGGAUGGUCGCCCUGCAGAACCGAAUGGCCCUGGACUACCUACUCACUGCUGAUGGUGGAACGUGUGCAGUGAUUGGUAAGGAAUGCUGUACCUGUAUCCCUGAUGAGUCUAGCAACAUCACCCACUUGGCUGCUCACUUUCGGGACUCGGUGGCUAAAAUUCAAAAAUCAAAAGACCAGCUCCUCCAGCAGAACACCUCGUGGGGCAAUUGGUGGCCGUUUGGGUCCCUGGGCAACUGUCAUCCACUGGUCCAUCGCACUCAUUCUUGUCAUCAUCGCUAUUUUAUACUAUGUUGUGCAUGCCAAAUUAUUUAGCUGCUUAGAAAUGGUUACUUCUAGUGUAUGUUGAUAUUGUUUUCACUCUGCCUUAUGUGUCCUGGCUGUGUGGUGUGUCUUCCGAGGGGUGGAGUGUCUCCAGAGAGCCGUGCCUGUCACGGCUCAGCACUGCCCUCUACCUGGUCGGAAGGCACACCACAUGCCAGUCAACAUUUCACCCCUCCCAACCAAUCAAUGCACGCUUAACCAUUGGCCAUCUUAAUUGGAUUAACCCGUCUAGCACCAAGCCGUUGGCCCCCUGUUGAAUCACCAGGGCUGGACUGUCCAGCCCCCUGACCUAUAAGGGGUGCUACAUAUGCUUGGCUCACUCUCUUUAUUGCCAUCCUCGAGGGACCACCCUGCUUCACUCCAGGCUGAAGACUGCAGAACAGCACUGGAGACCCGUGGUGAGCUGUGCAUUGAAUAGUGUGUGGGAGAGUUUAUUGUUCCUGUAGCAGAGAGCCAUGCCUGCCCAUAGUCAAGGGAUGGCAGGUAGCGUAGUUACUUUUCCCUUGCUGGUAUAUGUACCUGUACUCUGUCCCCACACCGUUUUCCCGUGUAUUGUACUGGGAAAUAGACUUUUCCCAGGCUGGUCUAUUCUAAGCACGUUUAUGCGAAUAUUGUAGCCGAUGUAUUGUCGCCAAGCUCUUCUCCCCUUGUAAAUAAACUCCUUAUUGUUAAAACUGUGUGUCCAGAAUCCUUGCCUUUGAGACCCAAAGAAUCUGCCUCAUUUCCAUCACAACACCUCAUUAGUUUCCUUCUGCAAGUUUUUAAAAGCUUCCCAAUCUAUCUUCCCACUAGCUUUGGCUUC